ACUAUUAAUAUUGAAUGUCAAACUGGUUUCUUAGCAUUUUCUUUACACAAAGAACAUAUGCUGUGCCCUCUUUUGAUUGACAGGAUAUAUCGGCCCUGACUAUCGGCUGUUUUUAAACUAUCGGCUAUCAGCCGUGGAAAUUUGCUUUUAUCAGCCGAUACUGAUUAUUGGCCAAUAUAUAUCGGUGCAUCUCUACUAUAUAUAUUCCGGGUUCAGAACAAGUUAAAUUUAAUCUACAGCAUUUCUGGCAUAAUGUUGAUUACCACAAGCAUUAACUUGUCUCCACAUGUCCCUCCUUUUCUUAAAAAAAAAUAAUGAAAAUAAAAUCUGGGUUAAAAUUACAAUGGAAGUGAAAGGUUUGGCUAUCUGUAAAUGUUAAAAUAAUCACUGUUUCAGUAACAAUAUGAGUGUUAUGAUUAUGUUUUUAGUAUGAAACAAUCACUUGCUAAGCUUUUCUGUUUGAAGUUAUCGAAUUUUACAACUCUCCAUGACGGCGCAAUGACGUAAAAACCCUAAAAUCCCAAAACAAAAAAAAUAUUGUUUAAACAGCUUUGCAGCUCAAAUAAUACACAUUUAAACAGAAAAAAAUUAACGAAAGUGCAUUUAUAAAAUUAUAAGUCACAUUUUAAAUCCUCUCAAAAUUGUCUCCAUACUUCCAUUGUAAGUGCCUCACCGUAAACUCCAUUUUUUUCUUUUUUCAUUUUAAAGAAAAGCAUGGACAGGUCAAAACUGUUGUUAUUUAUAGUAAACAACAUUAUGCCACAAAUGCUGAGAACUUAACUUGCCUUAGCUUAACUUAAGGAGUUCACGUGCAUUUACACAGUAUAGUAUUUGUAUUACAAAUCAGGCUGUGAACAAGCUUGCAAAUUGCAAAUUUGUUAUUGUACAUAUAUAGGCUGCGAUACAGCAGAUUACACAAAAUAUUACAAUACACAAUCAUGUUUAAUUACAGAGUUCAUGUUACAGUGUGGAAUUAUGUAAUUGGAAUUACAUGAACAUCACAAAAAACCCAACAGGUAGCUGCAAAACUAAACCAAGACCAUGUUAGUGCAUUUCAUGUGAUGACAACAGUAAUGAGAACAGAGAAACGGACGGAUGUUGUCAUUUCAAGCCAUUUUCAGCCAUCUGAUAUUGUGUGUCGAAGUGUUUAUCGGAAGCGGUGUUAAUGUCAUAAUGUCUAUACGAGACGGGGUAUAUUACAGGGUAUCUGACAUUGAGUGUGCGCUUGUGUGUGUGUAGGUUACCAUUUGAUUGACAGGUGAGCAGAGUCUCAGUGCUCUGGGCUUCAUAAUCAGCAGCUUUAUUCCGAGCACAAAGGAUUGUGGGAAGAGAGGGAUGAGAGAAGCCGAGAAGUGCAGAAUAGUAAAAUUCCCGGAGGAGAGGAGGGGUUGCCUUCUCUCCUUUGUUUAUUUCUUUGCUUUCCUUUGAACAGGUUCUCAGUGUGUGUGUUUUUGGGAGCGCAGGUAGUGUAUUUGGUGUAUUUUUGAGUAUGUGCACUUCUCUGUGUGUGUAUGUCUGUGUUUUUUUGAAAAGAGUGUUGUUCUCAUUAUGACUGAUAGAUCAAAAGCACGAUUAAUUUCUGAGCACGUCUUCCCUGGUGCUGUUGCUCCAGCUGUUCAGUGCUGCUCAUGCUGAUAAAACAGCCUCUCUGAUUGGACGAACUCUUAGUCAAUCAAACAUGUGGGUGUGUCCAGGUGGCGGGGGCUUGGUGAUAUUUUUGUAUCCGAGAUGUUUUUCCUGCAUUAUUUUAUUGUUUCCUGAUUUUUUUUUUAUAACAUUCAUCUGGAUAUGUAGGGGUGGACAAUAUACUGGUAGAGAUUUUAGACUAUUGUCUCUAUUGCGAUUACACUCGUGUGAUGUUGCUAUGCUGCGCUGUCAUGAAAGCUUAUCAUUUUAAUGCAUUUUUUAGCAUUGCGGUUUAAAAACAAGUGAUUUUAAACCAUUGAAGUGCAAUAAGCAGCAAAAGAGAACUCAUUUCACAAAAUGUGCUGUCUGACUGUUUCUGAUCGCUGUCUGAGAGAAGCGCGCACAUAAAGUCGCUGCUCAUAGAGCGUGUGAGUACUGAACUUAGUUCUUUUUGCCACCUUAUUGGGCUUGAACGGUCAAAUACACACACACUUAUGUGUCAAAAUGCCCAUCUUUGCAAGUAUCCUCGUAAACACAUCAUUUAUAUAUCUAAAGUUAACGUAAACAGUUGAGAAAGAAGAUGCAUGUGUAUCAGUAUAUUGGAUCCCUUCGUUCGCUCUUAAAGUGACAGCAGCCUAAUAAACCUGCUGCUGUCUGUCAUUAAUGUUAAUCAAACAACAAACGAGAGAAAAUCUCUCAUUGCUCUUGACUGAAUCACUUUUCUAACUUUAAUAAGAAUUUAAUUUACACGGUGAAGACUAUGCAGUGUUUUUAUACAUUUGAUUAUUUUAUGCAAUUUAGCCGAUGUAGUAUUUCUUAUUUCUAGUGCUUAAAGUUUUUCAGGUCUAUUUCAUUUUUGUCUUUGUUCUAUUGUAGUUUGUAAUUCGUUUUUUUUUUUUUUUUGUUCUUAUUUUAUCACUGACUGUUUACUUGUCUUCUGUACGCUUGAGUUUUUUGUUUUGUUUUUUUACUUAAUUUUAUAACUUUUUGAUAUUGAAAUUGGUGACAAGAAUUAUAAAAUGUCAAUGGUAUCACAAUUUUUGACAUAACCUUAUUCAAAGCAAGAAUAACUAUCAUUAUCUUGAUAUAAAAUUACUCAUAUUGUGUUAAAAGAUUUUGGUCAUAUCACCCACCCCUAUGGAUAUGUGAAAUAUAUUUUAAUUUAAAGUGCAAUUUUAAUCAGUUGUAGAACGUGUAUAUUUGCUUACACAUUCAGUCUUCCUAAUGAGGUUAAGCACUUUUUAAGUUAAAUAUUACUAUUUCUUUCUUGGAUUAAUCACUUUUGCUUGUUGUUUUGGAUAAAUGAAUUAUUGAAAAAUGAAGUAAAUUUAGCACUGGACCAUUAGUGAGUUGAUGCUACUGCUGCUCAAACUUUCCAACCUCUCCGGGCAGCUGUGUUUUUCCAGUGAAGGUUUUAUUCAAGGCGGCGUUUCUCAGAACUGCUGCUGAGACUCAUUUACUUCAGCUCCAGGAAGUCAAUAGCAUCACUUCUCUUUCCUUUCUGCUUUUUCUUUUCUCUCUUUCGUCAGAUCUACUUAGUAUGUUCAGAAUGUUCCUCGCCCGUCAGUCUGUUUAUUAUUUCCAUUGCAUCUCUCUUUCCGUUUCUGUCUGUCCAUCCAUGUGUUUCUGGAAGGAUUUUACAAUGAGAAAUGAUUCAUUUGAUCUUUGCUUAGUUGCUAUAGCCAAUAAACACCAGCUUCGGGUGAUUGUUCAUAAACAAAAAUGGGAUAAAAACCCAAAUCAUCCAGAGUAAAAGUUCGUUGUUAGAGCCUUUGAGCUCGAGUUUUCCCGCUUAAAAGUUACCAUAUUUUCUAAUAUUUACAAUAUCCCUGUCUGUCUGUCUCUUUCUCUACCAGUUCAAAUGUCAUGUAUGUGAUUUUUCUCUUGUUUUGGCUGCUGAUUAAGCUCAUAUCCAUAAACAAAACGACCUCGUUUAACAGAUUACAAAGGAAUUACACGAUCAAAGAGCAAAAGUCAGGAUGUGUAAGAGAGUGGGAGAGAGAGAGCGAGUGUGUGAGGAGAUUGUUUGUAUGUGAGACACAGAGAGAGAGAGAUACACCUCUUGCCCUGCUCUAUCUGAUAUCGGAAUCCAUUUUGUGCUGAAUGAACGUAACAGCUAAUCCCGCCCUCUGGUACAGGCCUGAGGGUCUCUGACACUCUCUCUCUCACACACACACACACACACACACACACACACACAGCAGACACACUGGAUUUAAAUGCAUUCAAAGAACCAUCAUUUUGUUGCAUUCCAACAUGUUUUUAUAAAUGCACACUGUUUUGUGAAUGAAUGCUGACUUGCACUAAAUAUGAUGUAUCCCUGUGUGUUUAAGAGGACAGGUUGCACUACAAAGUACACUAGUCACUAAGUUUACUAUUUUAUUUAUUUGACGUAGCAUGCUAUUUACUAUUAAAAAGAAAGUUCUUUGAGAUGAGUAUGCCACCCCACUUGAAUAUUAUCCAUUCUAAUUGGAUUUCAGUGAAAAUAAUGUUGCCACUAGUUUAAGGCGAUUCAGAUUUCAGUGGUUUUGAACUGGAUACAUUGUCACAGAUACUUUAUGGAAGCUAAACAGGUAAAACAUACAGUAAAGAAUGUAGUAUACACCUAUAAAAAUAAAUGUUUCAAAAGAAGGUUUUUGCAGUGAUGCCAUUUUUGGUUCCCCAAAGAACAUCUUAAUGAACGGUUCUUUGAAGAAAAAUAUAUUUCUUGUGUUAAGAACAUUUAAAAAAAAUAUAAAGAACCUUUUUCCACUAUAAAGAACCUUGAAUGGAAAGAUUCCAUGGAUGUUAAAGGUUCAAGAUGUUAAAGAGCCUUUAGUUUUAAGAGAGUAGAACAACUUUAACCAUCAAGGGUUCGUCUACUGAUAUGUCAUGAUUAGUGAUGACUUAGAUGUGACCUGCUUUACUGUUGCUGUAAAACUUUUAAUAAAUGUAGGAUGAAUUGUAACUUUAGGAAUUUCAUCAUAAACAACAACUGUUUUAAUGGUAGUUUUUGUUAUCUUGUUGAAUAAGCUUGUUGAAUAACCUCUGCUAAGUAGGAUAAGAGAUCUAAUGACAGAUCAUCUCGAUUAUUAGAUGAAAUUAGAUUAAACUGGGUCUAGAUUAAAAGAAUCAAACUACAUCUUCAAUCUCUGAAAUGGCUAUUCGACAUGAAAGCAGGCUGUUCAUUUAAUAUAAGUGAGUUUUCCUCACUGUGUAGCUCUGCCUCUGGUGAACAUAAUGAAGUAUUGAUCCAUUUUCAUGCUGAAAAUGGACUUUAAUGUAAAAUUUGCUGGUCAACUGCACAAGCUGUCCUCUUCAGGUUGGGGUAAUUUUUGAAUUAUCCCAUUUUAGCACAUAAAGGGCUUUUAAAUUAGAGUUAUUGGAUAUAUGAUAACUGGUUAUGUACAGUCUUGGAAUGGUGUUAGAGCUUUACAUUGCUCUAAAACUGACCGGAGUAUGACUUCCAGAAGUUUGGUGAGUUCACCGGACCGUAAAGCUCCGUUUGUAACGGACCUUUGACUCGGAAAUAAUGAAGAAAUCAGACGGAAACAAACGAUGACAGAAGUUAAAUACUGUGUCAUCGAGCAGAUGCUCAUAUGUAGAAUUUAUUACUUUAAUUUGUCAGAAAUUACAAGCUCGAUGAAAAAUAAAUGUUUCGACACGUCUUUUAACUGAAUAUUUUUUAUAUAGGCCUAGGCUAACUUUUUAUGUAGGCCUACACAGGCUACAUUUUAUUAGCUAGCCUAUAUGAAUUAGCUAUUAUCAUUAUUUUUUGAAGAUUUUAUAUUAGGGUGUAAAACAAUUUCGAGGCCUUCCUUGACUUUUUGUUUGUGUGCGUGCAUGCGUGUGUGUGUGUGUGUGUGUGUGUGUCAGUCAGCGGUCUACCGUUAUUUUGGCAGAUUGCUCUUUUUAAUUAACGCUCAUUUUGCGCGCAUCUGGCACGUGUCUAGAUUUAAAUUAAUUUUUAAGAUUCAGUUUAGUUCACUCAAGGAAAAAUAAUACACUGACGGUCAGUGUUGUUUGUUGAAUUAAUAAAUAGUUGGUCAUUUGUCAAGACACCUCAUUUGGCACAUAUUUUGACAGAUCUGGGAGGCGGGAGAAAAACUACCGUUAUUAGUUUAAAUCCCUCUCGUACGUUUUUGAUAAACAGUUUGGGUGAUUACAGUCUUUCACUGACCAUUUAUUGAUUCUACUUGGGAAUCUUAACGAAAAGGACCGAACAAUGCAGCGGAGGCCUAAUCGUGGGUUGUUUGAGGUAAAUGUAGUGUCUAAUCAUGUAGGCCUAUUGUCAUGACAUAAACAAAGUUUUACGUUAUAUAUUUACAUUGAAACAGCACAGUUAAAUUAACCAAAUAUUUCGUGUUUUUGUCCCAACAGAAAGAAAAUUAAUUUAGUGCACUUCAUUAAAUUCACCACGCGCUGAAACUGACGCUGCGCCCCUCCCCCUUCAAAUCUAUUAGCAUAUAAAACUCUGUGUCUGUGUGUGUGUGUGUGUGUGUGGUAAAUGUAGGUCACAUCGAUGAGGACUGCAUACUUUGUAAUUAGAAUUAUCUCGUAAACACCUUAUUCCGUGUUUUACAGUGUAGAGAGCUGGAGAGCCGUUACUUAACGGACGCCGAGACCAUAUUGAGCUUUACUCUCACAACCUCAACUAGAUGAACUUCAUUUGGCCAGUUGUCAAACAAACGUUGUCAACAUGUAGUGUAUGAACUUGAGUUUAAUUAAAACGUUUUGAUUUUCUCUAUCACUGUUAUAAUUCCAGAUUCACAACACUUAUAAUUUUAUCUUUUGUUAGAUCACUGGUGUCAAACUUAAUAGGCUAUUUAGGAAAAAUACAAGGAACGCUCUGAGAAACUUUUUUGAAAUGGUCGAUUUUUUUCUUUUUUUAAAGAUAUAAAGUCUUUUUUUAUUAGCAAGGCUAAUAAUCAGAUGUGGUUAAAUAUGACGUUUGAACCAUCAUAUCCAGCAAUUUAGCAUUUUAGCAAGCUGAUCUGCUCAUAGAUUAGCCAUCGUAAAAUCGCAAAAUGACUAAAGUUGAAUAAAACACCAUGUUUACACAGAUAAGGAUAUCAGUCUUCAUGUUGUCUGUCAGUGUUUUCGUUUUAUAGGCUAAGCCUUCUUCAUAUUUAUGUUUUGAAAACAUUUCGAUCUUGCAUGUUGAAAUGGUUUUAAAUGAAUUCAGGUUUUUAUGAGUCACUAGUUUGUCUUGGCUUAUGAUUGUUGAUGCUCCAAAUGACAGUUCUUAUGAUCUGGUGGCAGCCAGCUGCCAGUCACCGUUUGGGACGCUUUUAAUCCAAUGUUAAAUCAAUUACAGUCAACUCUGGGCCAAACUACACUGGGAUGGACACCUCCUCUAAAGUUUCAUUUUGCAUCUGUUAUUUUUAUUUCUAAUUUUCCAUGGAUUGGUGGCGGAUUUACGUGUCGAAACGAUCUCGAGGAGCAUCCAGACCGAACAGAUGGACUGAAGCCCUGACCGGUACAGCGUGCAUAUGUGCAUCCGCUGCUGUGCGCGUUAAGCCCUAUUAAGACCGUCUACCGUGCAACUGGUGCUUCUCUCAAUCCCGCGAGCUCUCGCAGACUACACAAGCGAAAGCUUCUAAUCCCUCACGUGAGAGGACUAGUUCUCUCGCGCUCACAUCGUGUAAUUUACAGUCUGCCUGGAGGCCCUAGAUAUAUAUCUGAAACCAGACCGUGUUAUUUCAUAAGAGCCUCCUGCUGGGCGAUUCAUUUCCGCCGUCACCUCGAGACCUUUAAAGUGCAUUUACAGCACAACAACCAGCUCAUUUUACUACACUAUUCUGUUUUUAUUAAGCAACACACCGUUUGUUAGCUACAUUUGUGUUAGUCGUAUUAAAAAUCGCUAUGAUUUUAUUAGCCUAGCUGAUUAGCCUACAUUGUGCCAUGUUAAUUCAAUUCAUCCUGGUGUUUGGUCUUUUAGGAUCAUAUAUUUGCUUUCCUUUCUGUUUGCCAGAGAGAGAGAGCCAAUGAUAUAGGCCUGUUAGCUCAAUAAUGUGCUAACAUCAGUCCUUUUAGUUAGCCCAUUAAACGAAAAUAAAAAGAGGCUUCCCUUCUCGCACGUUGUUUUCCGAGUAAAACAUUUAUGAAGUGAAAUACGUCAGUAUAUGUGUAUGUUUGUGAGAGGAUCCUCCCUUCGCGCGAGACACCGGGCGCUUGAGGCGUCUCCGUCCGCCCUUCUCAUGCACGAGGGCGCGAGCCCGCGGUAAUGGCGGUAAUUUGGGUUAAAUAAGGGUAGCAUCAGCUUUUUAAACACUUAAAAACUGUCAAACCUCUAGCAGACACAAAAACCUUAAGACUCGAGUAUUUUGCUGCUGGGGAGGGAGGAGACAUUCAGAAACGAAUGACUGGGACUCACUUAAACACACACGUUUGCACAUGAGCUAAAAGUCUUUCUCAUAAACUGUUAAACGUCAUCACCGGUUUUAUUUUCCUAGGGAAAAAUAUACAGUUAUUAAUAUUCAGGACCUUUAUCACAAGCUGUAAGUAAUACGGGUGCCCGUGUCUUGUCAUGCACCUGUGUGGUUCUUAAAGCAUAAAUUUGACCGACAUGCUGAUUUAAGCGAUGACCCCCCACGCGCGCCCCACUCAUCAUCCUAAACGUGCACAAAAUACUUCCAGCGUGGGUCAGACCGUCACUGUCCCGGUUCAGUAAACGACAGAACAGAAACAAAUUCAACAAAUGCUGAAUGGAUUGGCUGCAAGAGGAUUAAACUGAAUCAAAAGUGACCACAGAGCACCGAUGUGUUCAAAACCCAUUGCUAAAAUACGAAAAAAUCAAAAUACUGAAUGAAUUAAACUAAAAAAAUAAAAUAAAAAAAUAGUGUGGUCUAUUACAACCGAUGAUAAAGGGGUAUAAAUAGGUUAUUUCUAUACAAUAGCAAUAAAACAGUCUUUAAAUAACGUACAUUCAAUAUUAUUCUGCGAUGUAAUGUUUUUGCAGCACUAUUUCCAAACGAAGUUUUCGAUUAAAAUGGAAAAAAAAUGGCCUUGUGUGAUAAUAAUUAAGAAAAAGUAAAGGGAAAUAUUCGUUCUACCAUGAACUGUAUUUGCAAUUAAAUUUGCUUUCAUGCAACGUGUCUCUCGCUCAGUUAAAUAGAAAUAAAAAUAUUUGAUAAAACAGAUUAAGACCACGCUAUAAACAAGUGAAAUAACGAAACAUAAUGUUUAAUCGUGCAAUCAAAAUUACAGCGACACAAUACACCGAGUUAAACUUACGUGUUGUUGAAAAAAAUCCAAAAAGCAGGUAAAUGGUAAAGCCGCGAGGAAAACAGAGACAAAUAAAACUGGCCCUUCUACAGAAAGCACUAACGACCUUAAAGAAAUGUCCACAAAAAUCAUCAAAAAUGUUGAAAGCGCACUUGGUUCCUUAUUAGGCGAAGAUACAAUAUUUAUUCCGUGUCUCCAGGGAUGAGGCUGCUCUCUCUAUUGUCCUCCCUUUCCUCAAUGCUGAUGCUUAAUUUUCAAAACUUCUAUAUUACCAAGGGACCUACGACAUCAGCCGGAGAAAUACCCAGCAAGUACAAAAUCCGAGCCAGGGAGCGCUUUGUGCAGAGGGGAGGCAUUUCAGCCGCUUUUACCGACUGCGCGAGGCGACAUUUCAUUUUCACGCGCUAUUUUGGGGAUUUUUUUUUUCUUUCAUUCGUCCAGCAGCGCGAGGAAAUCGGGUUAUUGGAUCGCGAGAAUGUCAGCCACAUUUCCGGGACUGGUGCACGAUGCGGAGAUACGUCACGACGGAUCAAACAGCUACCGUUUGAUGCAACUCGGAUGCUUGGAAUCUGUGGCCAAUUCGUCUGUCGCUUACUCUUCGUCGUCUCCGCUUACAUACCCAGCUACCGGAACCGAAUUUGCCUCCCCGUAUUUUCCCACGAACCACCAGUACACGCCCUUACACCACCAGUCCUUCCACUACGAGUUCCAGCACAGCCACCCGGCCGUGAACCCGGACGCGUACUCGUUAAACUCUCUCCAUCACUCGCAGCAGUAUUACCAGCAGCUCCAUCACGGCGAACCGGCGGACUUCAUCAACCUUCACAACGCCCGGGCGCUCAAGUCCUCGUGCCUGGACGAACAGCGGCGGGAACUGGGCUGCCUGGACGCGUACCGUAGGCAUGACCUGUCAAUCAUGAGCCACGGCUCUCAGUACGGCAUGCACCCCGAGCAAAGACUGCUGCCCGGGGCGGGUCUGGGGCUGCCGCCACCGGGGGCCGAUGACCUACAGGGAUCUGUAGACGCGCAAUGCGGACUCGUGUUAAAUGGCCAAGGAGGAGUGAUCCGGAGAGGUGGCACGUGCGUAGUGAAUCCUACAGACCUGUUCUGCUCUGUACCAGGAAGACUUUCUCUUCUCAGCUCUACCUCAAAGUACAAAGUCACCAUCGCUGAAGUCAAACGCCGCCUGUCUCCUCCAGAGUGUCUCAAUGCCUCACUACUCGGUGGGAUAUUAAGAAGAGCCAAGUCAAAGAACGGCGGUCGCUGCCUCAGGGAGAAACUGGACAGGUUGGGACUCAAUCUCCCAGCAGGCCGCAGGAAAGCGGCGAACGUCACGCUGUUGACCUCUUUAGUGGAAGGGGAAGCGCUACAUCUGGCUCGGGACUUUGGUUACACCUGUGAGACAGAGUUUCCCACCAAAGCGGUCGGGGAGCAUCUCGCCCGCCAGCACACGGAACCAAAGGAACAGAACGCGCGCAAGAAAAUGGUGCUGGCCACCAAGCAGAUCUGUAAGGAAUUUCAGGAUUUGUUAAGUCAAGAUCGAUCUCCACUCGGUUCUUCUAGACCAACACCUAUUCUGGACUUGGACAUUCAGAGACAUCUAACACACUUCAGUCUAAUCACGCAUGGAUUUGGUACGCCGGCGAUUUGUGCGGCUCUUAGCACCUUUCAAACGAUCCUCAGCGAAAUGCUUAAUUACCUGGAGAAACACUCAGCCAAUAAGAGCGCAGGAACGCCAGACACCAGCCAGAUCAACUCCAACUCGGACAAAACACUGCGCAAAACCACCGAAGCACCGAUGAAGGACGGUAAAAUCGAGAAAACAGAAUGACUCUGACGCAAGAGUGGCCGCUUUCCCAGUUCCUGAUCUGAGCCCUGAUGGGCGGGCCUUGUUCAGGGCGUGGCUACUUGGGGCGGGGUUACAGGGUUUUUAUUCCAUAUUCUUUUAUUUAUAUAACUGGCAUAACUUCUUAUGACCUCAGCUUUGCCUGUAUGUACAAACCAGUCACGUCAUUCUCACUGCCCAAUACUUUGCAAAACAAACCAUUUUCAUUAUUUUAUAAGUUAUUGAAGAAGUUAUUUUGCUUAAAGUUUGUCUGUAUGUAAUUAGUUUAAAUAACGAUUUUAAAGAUGCAAUAUCUUUUAUUAAAAGACUCACAUUCCAUUUCUGCCAAGACCUAAUUUGAGGUCAGUUUGAGACUGUAAAUUAUGACAGGUAACUUUCCCUGUUGCAGUUAGUUACUGUAUAUUGUGCAUGUUAAACUUUGUACACCAUCUGAAACGGACAUUCCCCACUGUUGUUCCAGAACACAAACUCUUGACUGCAUUUGUAAAAAAGUUAUAUAUAAAUAUAUAAAUUCAAUCUUUUCUUGUAGGCUUUGAACUACAUAUAUGAAAUAACCCUACAUGCAAACUACUGGUGUUCAAUAAAGCAUAUUGCUCAAAGUCUUAUAUUAACUCACCUGACUGGAAUUGAAUUCAUGUGCUUCUUCUUGAAUACAAAUCAUAAUUGAUGUGCAUUUGCAAUGCCACACUUCUGGAUUUGACACAGACAACACCUUAUUGAUUAAUCA